UCAUCAAAUUCUGCCUUCAACAUUGUGAUUCAGACCUCUGGAGGAUGCCUUAAAAAUCUCUUUGAGCAGAUAGAGAACAUUACAGCUCAAGUGCUUCCUUUGAAUAUUGUGACAGACAUUUUGACUGUGGCCUUCAACGCUUCAGAGAAGAUUUUAGAGACAACAACCUCAGCAAGCCCAACUGAACUAGCCUCCCAUGGAAACAAAAUGUUAAAAACCAGUGAGAAACUCAUUUCUACUUUAGUGAAGCCGACAGACACGAAUGACAGUGUCAGGUUUACUCUUCCCACUGUAGAGGGACAAGUCUUCAUGGUUGGAGCAAAGGUCACUUUAGAUAAAAUCCCUCGACUUGACACGAAAAAUUCAUCUGUGGACAUUGAUCUCAUUGGGAUCGCCAAGAACAACUACGAAACAAGAUCAGCUGCUGUGGCUUUCAUGAGCUACAACACGAUGGAGAACCUACUGAAGCCAGACUUCUUCAACACAUCGAGUGAGACGGUUAAAACCAUGAUGUCCACCGUGAUCUCAGCUACUCUUCCCAAAACCAACAACACUAAACUCACCGAGCCAGUCAACUUCACCCUCAAACACAUCAGAGAGUUUGAUCCCAGGGGUUCUCUGUCCUGUGUGUACUGGAAUAUCAGCGAGUGGAUUGUAGAUGGUUGUGCUGUUUUAAAGACCAACAGCAGCUAUACUGUGUGUUCCUGUGAUCAUCUGUCGACGUUUGCUCUCAUCAUGCAAACCAGCCGCCCGCCGGUGAGCGGCUCGCUGCUGGAGCUGUUGAAUUUGGUGUGUGUGAUCGUGGGGCUGGUGUUCUUCAGUUUGGCCCUGCUGACGUUUGCACUUUGUCAGUGGAGUCCUGGAGUGAAUAAUGUGGCUCGAAUCAACAUCUGCGUCAGUCUUCUGUUGGCUCACCUUCUGUUCCUGCUCACACAGAGGUUCCUGAGCAUCAUAUGGCGUCAGAAGGUGUUGUGUGCCGUGAUCUCAGGCCUUCUGCACUUCCUCUUUCUCUCCGGCUUUGUGUGGAUGUUCAUCGAAGCUGUGCUGCUCUUCAUCUGUGUGAAGAACCUAUCACAGAUCAGCUCCAAAAAGAGGGAGGUGCUUAGCAGUGGAUUCCUGUGUGUGAUUGGAUAUGUGGUUGCUCUGGUUGUGGUGUGUGUGUCUGUCGGUCUGGUUCCUGAAGGCUACGGCAGCGAGCACUGCUGGCUUAAAAUGGACAGAAGCUUCAUCUGGAGUUUUCUUGGCCCUGUUUGCGUCAUACUAGCAUUAAACACGAUUCUCUUCAUCAAGAUCGUCAUCACUCUGAACGCAGCUCUAAAAAAUCUCAACGCCGAAGUUUCACAGAUGAAACAAACCAAGAUCUUGGUGUUUAAAACACUGGCUCAGUUUGUGGUUCUUGGUUGCUCCUGGAUUCUGGGUUUCUUCACCAAUGACAGUAAGGUGCUGGAGAUCCUCUUCCUGAUCUUGAACUCGCAGCAGGGAACCUUCAUCUUCCUGAUCUACGGUGUUCUCAAUAAAGAGGUCAUGCAGCAGUACAGGAAGUUCUUCAGAUGUCUUUGCUGCAUCAAACAUCACUGAAGGCUGCAGAAUCAUGUUCGGGAAGUAAAAAGUGCUGCUGAAAUGCCGUUAUUAUACAAGUGAUGCCAUGUUUACAGUAAAAUACAGAAUCGAUGUUUUGGAUGUUAACCGUAGUCUCUGCUCCUUUCUGUAAAUGGUAAAAAAUGUUUCCAGUACAGUAAACACAUCCGAUUUUCUUGGUGGCGGGUGAAAAACAUAUUUGCACAGUCUUUACAGACACAAAAUGUUAUGCUAAAUGCUGGCAAAUUAAAAAAAAAAAAACCUUGCUGAAUUUCAUGUGAGUAUGGUGAAGGGAAUUAAACUUUAGACUUUACAGUUCAAGUCAAAUUUUUAAAUAUGAGACUUGUCAAAUAAUUAAUAAAUGUAUUAAUCUUGCACACUUAUUUUUGUUUUUGUUUGUUGAGCUCAGAGAGGAAAUGACUGCUUCUUCUGUAAGGACUCUUUUUAUAUUACUUUUAAUAUUCAUAUUGCAAAAUAUAUGUUCAGGUUUUAUAGGUGUGGUGGAUUUACUUUAAAACUAAACUAUUAAUAUAAAUAAAUGCACGGCUGCAUGUCUCAUGAAUGCAUGUCUCAAAUUCAAAGUGAAGCUGUACUGUCAUAUGGCUUGUAUUCAUGCAUUAAAACGUUAAAAGUUAUGCCUUAAUAAACAAUGUGAUAUGUAAGUGCA